AUGCACGAAACUGGCCGACCAGAAGAAUUUAUGAGCAAAAAGCUCAUCUCUUUUUGCUUAUUGUCAAUUGUGUUCACCAUCGUUCUUCUAUUUGGAACGCCGAUACCACCACCUACUGGUAUAGAUGGACCAGCCAGUCCCGUACCGGCAAGCACGAACCAACUUGAAGGUCGCUAUGCGAUUACAACUUUUCUAGGAUUGCGUGGGGAUGGAAAGGGCCAGGGCGAUGACUCGGAUACGGAAUACGUUAAUAUUCGAACACUGGUGUACCAGUUACUUCAUGCCCCAAGCACCAAGCUACAUGAAGUAGUCCCGAUCGUCGUCCUCGUGAAUGAGAAUGUGCGGGAAAGCAAACGUCAAAGACUCCGGGAAGAUGGUGCUACUAUUGUGGAAGUUGAGACUAUCUCUAAUGAUCGUUGGGGUGACAUGGCGACCAGGCUGCGUAUUUUCGAUCCCACAGUUGUGCCCUAUGAGAAGAUCCUUUUCAUCGAUGCCGAGACUGUUUUAACCCUUCCGAUCGACAAAAUCUUCAAUGAUCCCAGUACUAAGCAGAUUUACGUUGAGCAUGAUUCUCAAAAUGCGCCAGACAAGGUGGAUCGACUACCAGAGAAGUUCGUCAUGGCGGCAUCACCUGUGAUGGCUAGAGAUGUCGGAUCGGACUCGGCAAGAGCAGACAUUCCAUUCUGCAACGGGCUCUUCUUAUACUCACCUUCCAGAGAUCUGUUCAGCUACUACCAAGAUUUGCUUGGUGAAUCUGAGCUGUAUCACACGGAUGAUGAAGGUCAUGAUCUGCUGAAUUAUGCUCAUCGCCGGGGAGGACCGAUGCCCUGGCAGAAUCUGCGUGGAUCGUGGUACUUGAACUGGCCUGGAGAUAAUGAUUUGAAUGGGAAGACACCACUGUUGCAUACAAAAUGGCAGGCUCGAGAUGGAGAGGCGUCAUACUCUAAUAGUGCUGUGGGUAAAUAUGCCCAAGCGCGGAGGUGGGAAAUGGAGGGAUACUGGAUUGGAAAGGAUGAAGCUUUCAUGUAG